GUGUAAGCCUAUUAUAAUUGAUUGUAAAAAAACUUUUCGUAGUGUAACUCUGUGCUCAGCCUAACACCCAUUUGUCGUCUUAAAAGCGAAAAAAUUUCAUGUAAUACAGUUAUCGCUAUGUACUUUAAAAAAAAGCACAUCGCUCAUUAUCCGAAUUUUAUACUUCACUGAAAAUAAAUGUUCUUUCUUGUCAAAGAAUGAAGUGAAAAAAUUAAAAAAAUACAAACAAAAUACAAAAUAUUCGGCUUGCAAUUUAUUAUAUAUUUAUUUUUGAUUUUGUCAAAUCAAAGUAUAUAAAAUUUAAUUUGCGUUAAUUUUUUGUUUUAAAUUUUUUGUGGCGGUCUCCAAGUCAGACCAUGCAUACGCGAAAUUUUUACGGCGUCGAUAUUGAAGAGGAUCUUGGCAUACCGUUGUCAUAUGAUGCGGCCUGGAAGAUCUUCAAUCGUUGGCCGCGUGAAGUGCGCGUACAACACCAACGAUUGGGUCAGCGAACCACACCUUCGAAGCACGUUUGGUGCUUUUGUCAGGAAAAAAAUUGUACAACGCGUUGUCCGUUCUUCGGCUUCUAUAAUAAGAAAGACGGGCAAACUGAAAAUAAGUUACAGGACAUAAUGUCGCACACGCAAAAUGUGGGACGUAAUCCACCAGAAUAUAAAGGAUUGCUACGUAGUCUCAAUAAAUGGUACAACAGCCGAUGUGCGGUUGGUUCGAGUCAAGUAUUGGAUUUGUCGAAAUUGGAGCAAUUAACGGUAAAAUAUAAAUAUCCUGUGUUUGCAUUAAACAAACAGAAUAGUUCGCGUAGAUUUCGUAGACGUGAUAGCAGAUCGGUGUUUUCUCACGAUACAAAGUACAAACCGCCCUCGAUGACCAGCAAGAGUAAACAGCGUAGCAGAGCGAGCAAGGAUUGCAGCUCUUCCGAACUGUAUUACACAAUUGAGAACCAAUUGCGCAAUCUCAGCGUGAGUCAGUCGCGUCUCAAACACAUGAGCGCAAGUCUCUGUCGUUUGGCAUAUGCCAAAAAGCAUGCCUCGAGGACGAAGUUGCAGCCGAAGAUCUACAAACGCAAAGUCAUGCGAAGAUAUCGCAGUGACAUACCGAUUGUCAGCAACAGUGAGAGCACCGGCAAUACCAACACGAGUAAAACGUCGAACUUCUGUAGUAAAAGUAGCCGGAAUAGUAAGUCCACGAAGAGCACCGAUGUACAAGUAAAUAAAGACAGUAAGACAAUCGAGAGCAGCAAACCUAGCAAAGGCAAAAAGAUGAGAAAGCGUACCAAAUCUACUAGAAGAAAACAGGCGAGCAAAAAUAGCAAACCAAGCAAAGGCAAGUUAAGUGAGAGUAGUAAAGCUACAGAGAGCACAAAAGUGAGCAAAUGCAGCAAGCGUAGUAAGAGCAGCAAGUUGAGUAAGAGCAGUAAGACAAGCAAGACGAGUAAAACUAGUGAGAGCAGUAAGACUAGCGAAAGCUACAAAUCCAUUACUCGCAGUAAAAUUACUAGCACCAGCCGGAUCAGUGAAAGCAGUCGGUGUAAAGACACUACUAAGAGCGGUUACAACAGCAAAAGUGGUGAAACUAGCAAGAGUGGUGUCGCCAACUUAAGUACCGGCAUUAGCAAACGCAGCAGAACCAGCAAGAGUACGGCGCCGAGUAAGAAUAGCAUCAGCAGCAAGUCUACGAAUGUAACAACCGCUAAGGCGAUCAGUCAUCCCGUUGUUAAAAGUAUACGCUUCAACCUUGCUAAAGGCAAGAGAGGCGCAACGCGCUCCGCUGGCGAUGAAGAGCUGACUUCCAAGCGUAAAGCCACCGGCAGUAUAAUGAAGGAACAAGCCAAAGUUGCCAAGCCGCAGAUACAACGUCUCGGCGGUGGUAAUGAGUUACUGAAUCGUAGCAAUCGUAGGCACAUCGUGGCUUGGAACAGCGGUGCCGGCGCCGCGAACCGUAAGCCAACAGCUGAGGUUGCGCCGAAACCCAACAGCAAGUUCGCAGCCAAUCAAAUAGCCGCCCCCACGUGUUGUCCAAUUAAUAAACGCUCUAUCUUCAUUGAUGCUGGUGGCGGCGGUGAUGCUGAGGCUCAUAGGGGUCGACGCUGCAAUAUUACUCGGAAACCAUCGGUGCGCAUCUCCAAGCCGAUACUAUCAUUGUUUCGCAAGAAGCGCACAAUUUCCAAACAAAGCAUGACAUUGCGCGAUCAAAAGUCAAGGUGUUUCUUCAUUAAAGGCGGGCGUCGCAAGUAAUCAAACCAAAAUUUGCCUAAUGUGUUAUUAUUAAAUGACUCCUUUUUCGUAAAUUGCUUACACCAACCAACUUUGAUGUGAUUUUGUAUAUAGGUUUCUGAAAUUUAUUGUACAAAGUCACAUCAACUUUGGUUGUUGUAAUAGUAUAUAUAGCUUUAGUUCAAUUUAAAUUUCUUGUACUGCUAUGUAUUCGGUUGUGGUCUUUAAAUUAUUGAUUUCAAAUAUAUUUCAUGUUUAUAAA